AUGGAGCUGCCACGAUCUUCAGGCCAGGAGCGGGUCCCCGCGGCCCAGCGUGAGGCCUCACAGGAGCAGGAGCGAGAGGAGUCUGCAGGGUGUCUGAGAGUGUGUGUGGAGGGGAGUGUGUUCAUUGUGGACAGGGCCCUGUUGGGGAACAGCUGUGAAUACUUCCGUGCCCUCUUUCGCUCUGGAAUGAAGGAGUGUCGUCAAGACGAACUCCACCUACAAGGUGGUUUGAGAGCAAGGGGUUUCCUUAUCGCCAUGUCGGUUUCCAGGGGAGAACAACCCAUAAUCAAUGACCCAGACGAAAUCGUGGAAGCUGUGGAGUGUGCUGCCUUCCUUCAGGUUGAUUCUCUGGUCCAGCACCUCACAGACAUUUUGGACACAGAUAACUGCCUUCUCCUCUACCAAACAGCUGCAGUGUUUGGGCUUUGGAAGCUAUUUCACAACGCUGCUUUGUUUAUUCGUGAUGCCUACCGUGACCUAUGGGAGUCAGUGCAGGUCCUGCCUGAGGAAAUGAUUGAAUAUGUGGAGUCUUUGUCCCCGGCCUCGUACGUGGCCUUGGGCACACACUCCCCCUCCUUGAAGUUGCUCAACGACUCCUUCAGAACGGUGUGUUACCUGGACGAGGAUCAGGGGGCGUGGAAACACCUGACUGACCUGCCGACCGAGGCCAGCACCUCCAUGGCAGGUGUCGCUGUGGUGGCGAACAAGCUGUAUGUCGUGGGGGGAGUGCGAGGGGUGAGUAAAGAGACUGUGGACCUCACUUUCUGCUUCGACGUGGAGUCCAACUCCUGGAGCGAGUUCGAGGGCCCUCAGCAGCCAAGAUACAACUUCACUCUGCUGGGCCACGAGGGGACGCUGUACGCCGUGGGCGGAGAGUACCAGAAAAGAAUCAUGUCGUCUGCAGAGGCCUGUGACACCUCCACGGGGAAGUGGAGAUUCAUACGUCAUGCCCCUCGCCCCGUAGCAGCCGCAGCGAGCGCCGUGGCCAGGAGGAGGAUGUUCGUGUGCUUCUGGAAACCCCCUGACACCACAGACAUUUAUGAAUACGUGUCAGAGAGGGACGAGUGGGCGCUGAGGACCACGCUGGUCCGACCUCAGAGCUACGGCCACUGCAUGGUGGCCCAUAACGACAAGCUCUACGUGAUGAGAAACGGACCCUCCGACGACUUCCUGCGCUGCCUCAUGGACUGUUACAACAUCACCACGCGCCAGUGGACCGCGCUGCCUGGGCACUACGUCAACAGCAAGGGGGCGCUGUUCACGGCUGUGGUGAGAGCGGACUCUGUGUUUACUGUGAAUCGGAUGCUGACUCUGGAGUACCUGAUCUGCAAAGAAAGGUGGAAACCCCAUAGGGAAAUGACUGGAUUCCCUAAAAGUGGCUCAGUGUGGACUUGUCUACUCAGACUGCCCAAAACUAGCAAACAGAAGGAUCAAGAUGAACCACUGGUGUCAGCAGGCGACGGCCCAGCUGAGGAGGACAGCAGGGAGGGUCAAGAAGCAUCUUAA